AUGAACAAAAUCCAUACGCUUUUAUAUAUUCCAAAUCUAAUCGGCUACUUUCGUGUAUGUCUUCUUGUUCUUGCUUGGUAUUAUUUUGACGAUCCAAUUGUUUUCUUAACAUUCUAUGUAAUUCAAGCACUUCUAGACGCUGUUGACGGUUGGACUGCUCGAUAUUUUAAUCAAGUAUCGAAAUUUGGUGAAUUCUUAGAUAUUGUUAUUGAUAAUAUUGGACGGGGAAUUCUAUGGACACGAAUCGCAUCGAUCGGAAUAUUCAUUACAUCCAUUGAAUGGAUUACAUUUGUAGCAUUGAAUCAUCAUGGAUCUGAUUGGAAAUUAAAAUUAUCAUCUAGUAAUGAUUUGAUUGUUCGAAACGCUCUGAAAAAUGGUUUUCAAACACCAUUUGGAUUCUUAAUAAUUGUUCUUGGAACUCAUGGAUUGCCAAUUAUCAUGUAUAUGAUGAAAUAUCGAGUUAUAUUCGAAAUGUCAUAUCUUUUAUUACAUAUUAUUCAUAUACUAUGCAUCAUUGGACGUUUAUUCUCGUUUUAUUGUGAGAUAUAUGUUAUCUCUCUCUUUGUCACUGAAGAUUUACUGAAGUAA